AGGGUUGUGAUGGUGUUGUGUGGAGAAGGUUAUUUGGGAUGAAGGAAUUUGGUGGGGGUGGAGUUCGGGGUCAGGGAUGGAGCAGGACCAUGCUGGUGAUUGUUGAGGCAGAUUCUUGGGGAGUGAAGGAAUUUGGGGUCAGGGGUGGAGUGGAGUCAUGUUGAGGCAGAUGGUUGGGGUGGAGUUCGGGGUCAGGGAUGGAGCAGCGUAGUCCUGAUGUCUUGUGGAGCAGAUCCUUGGGGUUGAACAAGUUCAGGUCCAGGGGGCUGCUGCGAUUCUUGCCUUUGGAGAUGCUCUGGGGUCCAGACUCCCUUGUCAGACCCCAAACUCACCCCCUGUCCCCCUGGCAGCGGGUGUUCCCCUACAUCUCAGCCAUGGUGAACAAUGGCUCCCUGACCUACGACCACGACCGGGAUGGACGCCCCACGGAGCUGGGGGGCUGCACGGCCAUGGUGAGGAACUUGCCCCACGACACCUUCCUGGUCAUCCGCUACGUCAAGAGGAGGCUCACGGUAUUGAUCGACAUCGAUGGGAAGCACGAGUGGAGGGACUGCAUCGACGUGCCGGGCGUGCACCUGCCCCGAGGGUACUACUUUGGGACGUCCUCGGUCACCGGGGACCUGUCAGACAACCAUGACAUCAUCUCGCUGAAGCUGUACCAGCUCACAGUGGAGCGAACGCCGGAGGAGGAAAAGCGGGACAGGGAGGUGUUCCUGCCUGUUGUGGACAACCUGAAACUGCCUGGAAUGGAAGCACCUCUGGAGCCCAUGAGUGGCCUGGCCCUGUUCCUCAUCGUGUUCUUCUCGCUGGUGGCCCUCGUCUUUGCCAUCGUCAUCGGCAUCAUUGUCUACAACAAGUGGCAGGACCAGAGCCGGAAACAUUUCUACUGACCUGGGAACCCCCCGGGAUUCCUAGGCUUUGCCGGCCACAUCCCAACUCCCACCCAUCCCAGACUGGCCUGAUGGACAGACCCUCGUGGUGGAGACCACGAAACCCCAGCGGGAGCAGCCACUGUUUGCCUGAGGGCUCCAGAGCUGCUGCACGGAUCCCAGUGGGAGUGGAUGUGCCAUGGAGGGGGAGCUGAGUCCUGAGGGGGACUUUGCUGGGAAUGGCUCCGGAAGGGGGAGUUCAAGGAGCCCCAGCACAGGGGCUGUGACACCCCAGGAGCCAUGGGAGCAUGUCAGUCCUCACUGGAUGCCUGCUGGAGCCCCUCAUCCCAAGUGAUGUCAGUGCCAGGAGAGACUUUCCAAGCUCUUCAUCCCACUCUGGCUGCUUCCCAGAGCAGCCUGCUUUGCCUUGUUGGAACCCCCGACCUGCCCCUUUGGGUGCUGAGUUUUGGUGUUUGGAGCCAGAUGCUGGUGGUUCUCCAGCAGUUUUCCCAGCGGGAUCAAUUGGGAAGCUGCGUGGCUGCAACCCCCUCCCCACAUCUCCUGCCGCAUUCCCGCUGCCUCCUGCAUGUCGUGUCCUGGCUCCGGGACUCACUGCAUCCUGGAACCCUCCAGGAGGGGAUUCCCAAGCUUCUGGAAUUGAUUCCUAAGCCUCUGGAGGUGAUUCCUGAGCCAGAGCUCCUGCUGCCUGCAGGGAGUCAGGGUUGUUCCUACCUCAGUGACUGUUUUGGGCAGGGAUUUCUCUGGAGGGUCCCUCACCCCUGGACACCCAAUGGUCCCCAGAGAGACCCAGGAGAGGGAAAUGCUGAAUCAGUGGGGACUCUGGCUCUGGGAAUACGAAGAUGGCAGCUCCCUCCUCACCAGGAUCCAGGGGAUCCAAGCCCAACCCUGUGGUUUUCCAGGACAUUCCCACCCAGGACAGAUCCCCAUGGGGGUCUCAGUGGUACCUGGGGCAGGGGAGGACACCCGUGGCUGGUGGUUUUUCAGGUCACUGGGGGCAGUGGGAACUGUUUUCCAAGUGCCCAAUGGGGGGUUGUGGUGUGGAAGGAGAGUUUUCCUGGUGUUUUGCCUCAUUUUUGCCUGAUCAGGAUGGAAUUUUUUGGCCUCUCCCUGGAGCUGUAACUGGUGUCUUGGAAUAAACAUUGGGGUGUGUGUGUGA